AUGGAGGCCCUGCCCGAGCUCUGCUCCAUCUUCCAGGGAGAGGUUGCUACAGUGACGGAAUAUGGGGCAUUUAUAAAAAUUCCAGGCUGCAGGAAACAAGGCCUUGUCCAUAAGACUCACAUGUCCUCCUGCCGUGUGGAUAAACCCUCAGAGAUAGUAGAUGUUGGGGACAAAGUAUGGGUGAAGCUUAUCGGAAAAGAGAUGAAAGAUGACAAACUGAAGCUUUCCCUCUCCAUGAAGGUUGUUAACCAAGGCACGGGAAAAGACCUCGAUCCAAACAAUGUUUCCCUUGAUCAAGAUGAGCGGAAGAAACGCACGUUCAGAGACUAUACCAGUCAGAAGAUCACGCUUGAGGCUGUCUUGAACACUGUGUGCAAGAAAUGCGGUUGCAAAGGUCAUUUUGCCAAGGAGUGUUUCGUGCAGCCUGGAGGUACCAAAUAUAGCCUCAUUCCAGAAGAGGAGGAAGAGGAGGUGGCAGCAGCAGCAGAAAGAGAUAAAAAGACCAGCCUGGCUGACGAGUCUUCAAAAAAAAGGAAAAAGGAGAAGAAGAAGAAGAAGAAGCACAAGAAUAAGCAGCCCUCCGAGUCGGACUCGGACAGCUCGGACUCGGACAGCGAUGGGGCUAAGCCAGCUGGCAAGAGGACCAAGCAUUCGGGGAAGCCCAGCAAGGCUCAGAAGAAGAAGAAGAAAAAGAAGCACAAGAAGAAGCCGCGGGACUGA